UUCAUAUUUCUUUGAAUUUUUCAAAUUGAUAUUUUCAAAAAUUGCAGUUGGUUGAGGUUAAGAUUCGAACAGACGAAUCAACUGCUCGAAACGACUCUAUCGGGGAACGAUGGAACGAAAAUGGAGAAGGAAUCAAAGGAGGAUGCGAUCCUCAAGUCGAAUCCUAAUUUUAGGAAUAGAUCUCGAUUGAACAGUUGGUCAUUCGAACGUUUUUUACGAGGUUCCCAAAUAUUUCCUGUGAACCACGUUCCAAGUUUGAAACAGGAAUCACAAUCCGAGGAGAAAAUUCGUCUGGUUCAACAAAUUAGAUUGGCGCAAUUACAACUUUCCAAUGUGUCGAAGAUGACGAAUAAUGUUUAUAACGUACAAUUAUUGACGUAUACGUUCACAAUUAUGAUUUACAUAAUAAUACAUACAUAUUAUAUAUACGUAGAGAUCCAAAGAACGAUCGAUAUUAAAAAACUGUUACAGAUGAUAAUAAUAUAUAUAUGGAAUAGCUUUGGAAAUUUUAUGAAGAUUACUUAUAUAGCCUAUUAUUGCGAAUGUACAAUAAAUGAGGUGAGAAAUUGAA